CUAUAAAUACCAUGCAACUCUGGGAAACUUUGCACAUUCAUUUCAUACAGAGAGAGAGAGAGAGAAAAAAAAAAAAUAUUUCAACACACAAAAAAAAAAUUUGACAUAAAAAAAAAGUUCCCAUUCCGCCGCCCACCGUUGCAUGGCAAAUAAGGUUUUCGGUCCGAAACUAUUCAAGAACCUCGGAUUCCAUGUCCGCCGUUUAAACUCGGCUCCGUCACCAUUUUCCGCCGUUCCUCCGUUAAAUUUCACUGGCGAUUUUAACGCCGUUCCAAAUUUGGUGGAACCCACACCACAGAUUAACAACACAACCACCCACCACCCCCAUAUUAACAACAACAUUAUUAAUUUCAACGAUGUUAAGGAGCUGUUCUACAGCGUUCCUACAACAAAGUUGAUUAGAUCAUCGUUAACGUUACAAAUGGCGGCCAUUGAGCCAAUGGUUGAUUUGGGUAUGUGGGUAAUGAAUUCUAAACUUAUGGAAAUGCCUGUUUUCAGGGAUGUUAUGCUUGGUUUUGUUAAGAAUACGUUUUAUGAACACUUUUGUGCUGGUAAAGACUUAACGGAAGUCCGACGGACCGUUAUGAAUCUCUCUGAUUCUGGGUUAAAAGCUAUGCUUGAUUACGGGGUCGAACAUGCCACGGAAAAUGAAUCUUGUGAACAGAGCACAACAGCGUUUAUUCAAACGAUUGAAUCAACGAAAUCACUUCCUCAAUCUUCUGCAAGCUUUGUGGUUGCGAAGAUAACAGCAAUUUGUACACCAAGGCUACUCAAAAGAAUGAGUGAUUUGCUACGAUGGGAACAAAAAGAUCCUUCAUUGAAUCUCCCAUGGAAGCGAAGAACGCUUCCACUUUUCGCUGAAUCGAGCCCUGUUUAUCACACUUCGGAAAAACCAGAGCCUCUAACGGUAGAGGAAGAGCGCGAUCUCGAAUUAGCUCAUGAAAGGCUAAAGAAAAUUUGCGAGAAGUGUUUGGAACAUGAUGUUCCUUUACUAAUUGAUGCAGAAGACUCAACGAUUCAACCCGCGAUCGAUUACUUUGCGUAUUCAGCAGCGAUUAAGUACCACAAAGACGACCAGCCUUUGAUAUUCGGAACAAUUCAAGCUUACUUGAAGGACGCGAAGGAGCGUAUGGUUAUGGCGAAAAAGGCUGCUGAGAAAAUGGGAGUUCCAAUGGGAUUUAAGCUUGUAAGGGGUGCUUAUAUGUGUAGUGAAAAGGCGUUGGCUUCUAGUUUAGGUUUCAACUCUCCGAUUCACGACAGCAUUGAGCAAACUCAUGCUUGCUUCAAUUCGUGCGCGGAGUUUAUGAUUGAAGAGAUUGCUAGUGGCUCUGGUGCAGUUGUUCUUGCUACUCAUAACAUUGAGUCAGGAAAACUUGCCGCAACGAAAGCUAUCGAUUUGGGAAUAAAAAAUGAGAGGCAAAGUCUCCAGUUUGCUCAGCUCUAUGGAAGGAAUUGAGCAGGAGACUUGAAGUGGCAACUUCUUGAAAUGCAUAUUGGGAAUGGAAGUGUAUGUUAGUUAGUAGAACAAUAAGCGCUGAAACAUCGCCAAUUAUUGUAAAUAAUUCAAUGAUGCGCGGGCAAACAAUGAUGAUGAUGAUGUUGAUCAAGCAACUGUGAUGGGGAAAAUGCACAAGGAACGAGUCAAUCAGGAUAUUGUUGAUUUAUCUCCUUGUGUAAAUGAAAAAAUAAAAAAUGUACAUAAGUAUUUUUAGGUUCACUUAUUGUUAUCUUUCUCCAUGUGCUAUUUUUAGGUCCUAUUAUGUUGUAGUAGCACCUUAAAAGUUGGUUGUAUUUGGUAUCGGGUCAGAAAUAGAAAUGGAAGAAAGGUACCUAGAGUGGUGCCCUAAUGUUGAAAUUACAAAGUGUGUAUCUAUUUCUCUCUCUCGAGAGACAUUAUUGUUCAAUAAAAUCUAAUUUAGUCCUCUUCA